AUGAGAGUGUCUGCAGAGGUAAUGAUGUUCAGGAAAUGUUGAUUGUGAAGGUUUGACAAGUUCUUCAUUACAAUAACACAACAAAAUGAGCUUCAAGUGAGGCCUGGCUGAUGUUUAAAGAAAAGGAUGCUAUCUAUAUGAUCGUAAUCUGCGUAAAAAAGGGUAAAACAGGCCUAGAUGUGUCCACAAAGUCAAAGUUGUAAACAUAUAUUUCCCUUUAUAUCAGGUUUAACUUAUUCACGAAGAAAACGUUUGAAUGUUCCCCUAAAUCGAGACCUUAAAAGCCUUCAGAUCUCCACUACCCUUAUGUACCUGUAAUCCUCCAUGUAAGAGUUUCUUGAAGCAAAGAGAUAAACCCCCUCAGAAGUGAGGACCUCAGACCGGUUUAAGAUCUUCCGAAGUUACGAUCCUUUGUUUGGAGAACAAGGACACUGUUCUUUUCUGCAACAUGUGGAAGUAAUUGCGCCAAGCGGCUGCACAGAGCUAAGAGAGGAGGAGGAGGAGGGGGUGGAGUGGGGGUAUCAUGGGCCCCGGGGCUGUGCUGCUCCACAGAGAGACACCGGUCUGAUGCCCCUCUCCUGUGCCCACAGAAAGGUGAUUCAUUGGGGCUCAUUACUCUUCUGCUGCCCGCCAGGAGAGCCCCGGGGCGAAAGGGGGCAGGGGUACAACAACAACAAAAAAGUAACGGCUGUGUUUCAGGACUCGGUAAACAGCUGACGCACGUGUGCCAGUAAACAGCGAUUUAAGCAAAAGAGAGGAUCACGCCCCUGAUGGUGCAGUUUAUCUGACUAAUUGUUGGGAGUAGAGAUGUUCGUGCGUGUGCAUCGAAGUGACUCAGUGAUAGAGAAAGAGGGACAAAGAGAGGGGAGUGAUGUGGUCUGUGAUAAGAUGGUGUUGGAGCGCCCUCUAGGAGUUACGCGCUUCAUUGUUCCACUAUCUUGACUGUUGCAUGUGUCCAUUCACAGAGCUGCUGAGUGCAUCCUCUAAGAAAGGCAUAAAGGCACGUAAGUAAUGAACUAUUCACGUUCAAACUCUCAAAACAAGAGGCUGUGCACAAAGGUGGGACAUUAUUUGGUGCAUUAAAAGUUACUCAAAAAUAAACCAGAACUUUUUUAGUCCUCCAACAAAAAAAAGUUCUCUAAUCUGAAUUAAACAUGAAACCCGGAAUUCCUUCUCUCAUUUGGCGGGGUAUUCGUCCAAAAAAACGAGGCUCUUACUUUGAAAAAGGGGUCCAGAGCUGAAAAGGGAGGGGGGGUGUCAUUUCCUGAGAGUUAUUUACUUUGAGCCAGAUGAUUUUUCGGAGGGAGGGGGGUUAGAAGAGGAGGAGGAGGAGGGCAGCAGCAGCAGGAGGAGGAGGAGGGUGGACUGUAACAUUGAAUCAGUUACAGGUCGCUUGGUUGGAGCGCAGUUGUGAGGACGGUCGCGGACGCGGACAGAGGGUCGCACAUAUGCUCUCACAGCGCCGGAGCUCUGAGGAUUACAGCCGCUGCAAAGCACCCUCACUGCGCCUUUUGGAGCCAACAAUUCACUGUGGAUAUACUUACACCAAAGGAAUAUAAAGAGGGGAUUAGGAAAAGGUAAUUGAACGGUUGUUGGAAUCCAAAAGAAACUCGUUUUGUUAGUUUUUUUGGAAAGUUUUAGCCAUUUUUAUUCAAUUAACAGCAGAGAAAUUAAGACAAAUUCUCCUCUAUUGGAGUUUAGUCAAGCUUAAUUACUUGAUGUAGUUUUAGUUUGAACGUAGGCGCCAGAAAAGUUUCCCAAAAAAGUUUAACCCACUUGUAAGGGAGUGGAAAAAAAAAUCUCGUUGCGCGACAACGUGUUUGCAACUAUUUUACGAAGCAGUGCAUCAAAUUUUUGAGAUGAGAUUUCGACUCCUGGUGCACCAUAUGGUGACACCGCUGGACGCCGCGAGGAGAGAUGCCGCUGACUCUGCUGGAUAAAAGCGCUCGGGUUCGGCCUCACAGCUGGAGGUGUCACCCCGAAGACUGAAGGCACCACUGUGGGACGCUGACUGGCAUUUAAUGGGAAACACAUUGGAAAUUGGACUUCACAUUGUUUUCUCGUCUGGUCUCGGAAUGUGUGGAAUUAAAAUGGAAAAUCUGCACCGGAGGCGCUGGAAUGAGAGUCCGUGUGAUGGAUUCAGCGGAGAAAAGAAGAGCUGAGUGUUUUGGAGCCACGACGCAUUCUUCAUUAACCACUAACCCCGCUGUGUCACCGGGGGGAUCUGGACAGGAAUACUUACUGUGGAAAAAAAAAGAAUAAUGAAGUUUUCAAAUGUGCAGAAACUUUUCUGCCGAUCAAACGUUUCUUUUCAAUUACUUUUUUAUGGAUUACAACUUUUUUAUUUCUUCUUCCAUCCGUGCAGGGCUGAAAGUUAAGACAAGCCUUAUCAGCUGUUGCUCAAAUGUUUGCAGCCCUGCAGAGCGAUGAUGCAUUUGUUAUCUCGCACAUUUGUCGAGUCUUUCGGUGCGAGAGGAGUCGGACAUGCAGCAGAUCGAGUGCGCCCCUGACUCGUUCAGAUUUACGCGCAGCGGCUGCAGGAUCCGGGCCAAAUGAGACAGAAAUCUUUUAUUGUAUGUGUUCAAGACAAGGCGUGUGCACAAACACGUCAAUACAGAUUAUGCAUUUUGUCAAAUGGUUCCCACGCUUAUAUGUAGUUUUGCGUGGAGUGAGUGCUCUAAUUAUAGAGUUAAACAAACCCAGGUUGCCCAGAGAUCAUUUGGGUCGUCUCGGAUGAGCCACAGGAAGCGGAGCAGGGGCCAAAAGUUUUUAUUGUUCGGGGAAACUACGAUAGGGAGAUAGGCUUUAAAAUACUCAAAGCACACUACAAACAUAAAAAGGUCUGAUACAGUAGAAAAGAGAGUUUUAAAGUUGAAUACUGUUCAAGAGGAGAUGAUUUUCGACGGAACGAUUGCUUGGAGAGAAAAAAAGCAUUUCUUUCAUCGAGCGCCACUCAGACUGUGUGGCCCCUGAUAAAACUCUGAUGCAGAGACCUCCGGGGGUCUGCAAAGGCUCCGUGACAAACCUAAACCGGACAGGAUUUGUGGGAUGAGCUGUGGAGAGUUUGGACUAAAGUUGGAAACGUCUUAAUUAGGCGUAUACUUCACACGUUUUCCGAUCAUAAUUUGUUUGACUUGAGCAAGAGAAAUGUCUAUUUUUCUUUUUUCUUUACAUCCCUUUCAACCACCAUUUUCAUUAAAUCUGUCGGAAAAGGCAAAAUUUUCUUCAAUCAGACAAAAGGAAACUUUGAAAAGGCGGGUGUUCAAACUGGGGAUGAAAUGAGAUCUCCAGAGGUUUCGGUUGGCUCAAAGUGCGGACUCUGUCGCCCUCUACCGACAGCCUUCAUACUCACGUUAUGUGGAUACAACACUUUUGAAUUUACAGCCCUGUCAUUUACUCUGAAUACACCAUGUCAUCUUGUGGUUAAUUUACCUGUUUUCAGUGCGUAAGUGAUGUAGAGAACCACUCGUGUUGCGUUCAGGUUCCACAUGCCUCUCUGUAAAUCUCUUGAGUAUAUUUAAGCAAGAGGAGUCAAUUAGUCUGCACAAACUGCAGGCUAGGCUUGACAGGAGAUAAAAAAAAUCCAAUAGAGAAUGGAUUUAUUGAUCAGAUAUCUUUGUUAUCAAACUGGACUUAAAGCAGAGACAGUAGUUUUUAAAACUUAUCUGGAACAAAAAAAGUUAAAGUUUUUGCUGUGCUUGUUGACUAAAAACUCACUUUCUGUCUUACAGGGCAGAGCAUCCAUCACCAUGGAUGGGGUAAAGGUGUAUGUGGUGAUUUGGGCUGUUCUAAUGGGUCUGGUUUCAGGUAUUUUUGCAAAGGAAAUCUUGAACCAUUUCUAUUUUUAAGACUUGAAGUCAGCUCCUGUAAUGUUAAAAACUUUCUUUCAGUGACCUGUGGACUGAUGCCCCCGACCAUCGUGUCCAACCAAGACGAGUUCAUCCUGCAGCCAAACUCUGUCUUCAACAUCAGCUGUACGGGGAAGAGAGUCGUACUUUGGGCUGAACCUCUUCCCAAAAACACCUUUGUGUUGCCGGGUUACUACACAGCCACACUCUUCAUCGACAACGCAACAGUGGAAAACACUGGAUACUACAUGUGUGCCUACGAGAGCCAGGAGGGGGAACCUGAAGACAAUGAGGCAGGAAUAUACGUCUUUGUCCCAGGUGAAGAUGUUUGUCCUUUUGUCAGCAAUCAUAGAGCGGUACUCUGUAAGGAAAUUGAAGUCAGGGUUAGUUACAGCCUUUCAGAAAACUUGGAUUUGAUUUACACAAAGUAAAAACAAGGGCGAAGAGGACUCAUCUCAAACCUUGUAUCAAAUACUGCUGAUGUGCUGUCAAGUCAGAGACAGAAAUAUGUUAGGUCAGUGAGUUCAUUUUAAAUCUCAGCAUCAUCAUUUACCAAACCCAAGGCCUACAUUUUAUAACUAAAUCACAUGCAAUUAAUUUAAUCUCAUUUACUUUAAUGUGAGGACUGUUUUUAAUCUAUCUAAUGUCAAUCAUGCAAAUACUCCAAACUUUAGGGGAGGGAGAUUCAAAUAUUGCAGCACAAGAAAGGAGUGCAACAUGUCAACAUCUUUCGUAUCAACGUUUAUUCACAUCAUCUACAGAAACUUGCAUGGAAGCUCUAAACAAGACUUGGUAUGAGCUGCAAAGAUACCGUGGAGACUCUUUCAUCAAUCUCCGUAGUGGGAUGGUUUCCAUACUGCAGCCAUGAGUACGCCACAGAAACUCAAAAAUUAGCAAAUGCUUAUGGCUUAUUAAAAAAAAAGGCAUAAUUCACCCAAAAUAAGCCACAGUCACCUGAUAAUUUUAGAUUAAGUUUUAUUUUAAGGUAUCAAAAGUCAAAAAUAAGCCCCAAAGUGUUUGAAGAAAAAUGUUAUCAUUGAAUUUCUUGAAUUAUUACAUUAUUUUUGUGUCAAGAAACUCAGUAAGAACAUUUUUUUCUUAUCGGAUUGGAAGGUUUUGGACAGAUAAGCAAUUUAAGUCUCAUUUUUGGCUUGGAAAUUUUGAAAUAAGACCUAAAUUAAAUUGAAUAAUAAAUUUUCACUAGAAAUAAAAAAACACAAAACACUGGCUCAGUUUUGAGUUUUUGCAAUCGAAAAAAUAGAAGAUGGGCUAACAGAAAACAUCACACAUCACAUGGUUAUUUAGUUCCACAGUCCCUCCUCUCCACAAAGACUCUUAAUGUGAAAAAUCACAAAGAAAAAAUGCAAAUCCUCCAAAAAUGGAGCUGAAACCCACAAAUAUUUAACAAACAAGCAUCAUAUGAACCGAUUGACUCCAAAACAAGGCAACGUAGAGGAUCACAAAGAAGAGAAACAACUCAGUGACUCAGCAUUAUUUCAAACCAGUUUAUAAAAGCCAUUAAAAAUUGGUGAAGUGAGUGAGAAAGGUUGAUUCCAGUCCUUUUGUUCCCCCAGAUCUGCAAGUUCCGUUUGUCCCUGAGAUGCUGGAGAACCUGGUCGUCCCCAUGGAUGACGCUGGAGUCCUCAUCUCCUGCCGUGUAUCUGACCCAAACUCUCACGUCAUCCUGAGGAGCGUCUCCAGUGGAGACGAGAUGCAAGCCUUCUAUGACAGCAAGAUGGGCUUCUUUGGGAGUUUGUUACCGGGACAGUACCAGUGUGAAACUGUGGUGAACGGAGAGACCAUCAGGAGUGCUGUUUACACCGUGGAGAUGAAGGGUAAGUCAGGAUGGCAAUACACUCAGAGACCAUGAUAUAUUGGAAAUUUAAGAGAAAUUGUGUUUUCUUUGGAUGUUAAUUCAUUUAGAUCUUCACUGUUACUAAAACACACAUUUGACAGAAAUAUAUAACCGAGGUUGUAACAGAAGACUAAAGUGAUUGAUUUUAAAGGAAGCUUGUUUUCAGCUGCAGUAAGAAAUAAUGUGAUUCAGCUGUCCACUCAGGGAUCUUUCAGUUACACUAACAAGGCAAAACUCCAUGUGACACCUAUUAGAAGAACAGCAAACCUUUACAGACAUGUCAACUUAAGUUGUAUAAAAUUUCAGAUCUGUGGGCCAAAAUGUCAGGAAGAUGCUGAGCUUUCCACUAGGGAUGAGCCAAGAAAAGCAAACUCGACCCUUUUAUGUUACAAUGCCCUGUUUUAUAUAAUCAUCUUUUAUGUAAGACAUUGUAACAGAGGUUCUGUAAGACCAAAAUGCAUGUGAAUAGACUUUUUUUGAGAGGCAACUUGCUUUAGCUUGUGAAAAUAUGUUCAUGUUACUGAGAGGAGGCGCUCUCAGCAGGAGACUACAGGCUCAGGACUAAUGAGGCAAAACUUUAAGAGACAACUCAGAAAAUUAAAGCAAAUCUCUGUAUACAUAUUGACUAAAGUUUUGUAAAAUUUUAGACCUGUGAGCCAAGCUGUGAGGGAUUGACUGGGUUUAUAAUUUGUGAUGACCUCAGAUUUUAAACCUUUAAGGUUGAUAUAGAUCCAUUUGGUUUUUUUUUCCAGGUUAUCAAGAAGAUUAAAUGUUAAAAAAUGAACAGCUGGAAACACUUUCAGAGUGUGUUUACACUGAGAGGGCUGCAGGCUGACUUCACUGUAUGACAGCCAUGACAUUAUGUCAUUAUCGUGGGGGGGUGUGGGGGGUUAACAUAUGUGUGUGAGUACUGACAUCAUUUUUGAGCCACCACUCUGUGACAGAUGAUGAGCUCAUUGUAAUCAUACUGUCACUGUCUGCGGACCUGUGAGAUGAUGGUGCUGAUAUCUUCUCUCUGGUGGUCCGCACAGCCCCUGCAGAGAUAGAGGACUUUUCCGUAGAGGUAAAAACCAGUGAGGAGACGCUGAGAGCUUCACAACCGUUCAACAUCACAUGUGUCGCCCCGGCUGGGCCUGCUUUCAAGCAGCAGUGGCUCCAUCCAAAAAAACAGGCAAGAAGAAAAUCUUUUUUUUAUUUAAAUUUAGUGUCCUCUCUGGUUUCAUCCAUAAUCCACUCUUUUCCCUCUUUCCUUCACCCUCCAUGUCAUAUUUCCAUGUCAUUUCCUCCACAGCAGCAAUGAGCCUUAAAUUAGCAAGUAAUGGUUUUGGACCCAGCAGCAGCAAGUGGAAUAUAGCUCUAAAGACGGCCCUUAGUGGUUACAAAGUAUGUGUUAGGGGGAGAAGGACUGGAUGUUGUGUCUUCAUUACAAGGAUGGGAGCCAAACUGCCAGACUGCUCCUGCUGCAGUUAAAGUUCAGGACAAAUGGCUGCAGGGAGCAGGCAGUUCAAACGAUGAAGAAAGAGGGAUGGUAAAUCCUUUGACCUAGGUGACCUCAGACAUGUAGGACAGAUGCUGUCUGCAGAGGACAGCCAAAUAAACAUUAAAGGCUUUUGAAGUGUUAGCUGCAGGGAUCAGAACAUUUAACAUUUGUUGACAUUGAUUUUCAGCUCUUAAUCUAUGCAGCAUGUUGUCUGUUUUUCUGCACGGGAUUCCACUAAACUUUUUUCCAGGGACACUCAGGGAAGUCUUAACUCCUGGUUUAGGUCUCAGUCGCAAUUACAGACUUUUAAAAGGCUCUGUGGUCCUGAUUUAUCUCCUGUGGGUCCAGCAAGUGUUUUAACCAUUAGACUUCAGCAGGGCCACGAUCAGAUUCCUCCAUGUCGUACCUGCGAAACAGAAAAACACAAACAUCAUUCUCCUCUUUUUUCUAACCCCUGUAAUCUCAAACCCUCAUUGCUCUUCUCUUCUUCUUGUAGGCUGUGGAUGCAGUCCAGCUAAAACAUGUUCUUCCUGACCGGGUCAUCUACACCCUCAGCGUCUCAAAAGCCACUUCUCAGGACACCGGCACCUACGAGUGCUCUGUCACAAAUGAGUUCAACGGAGAGGUCAGAGUCGGCAGCGUGGCUGUCACCGUCUUUGGUAAGUCUUAAUCUACUCAAAUGCUCGCUGUAUUUCUUUGUAUGAAUUACUAUAAUGAUAAGAAGUGCACGCUUGUUCACAUUAUAGAGGUUUGAACCACAAGAGACCAAAUGAUACCAUCUUAAUGUGAUCCUUUGUCACAAUACAAUUGCAAGUAUUUUUCUAUUAUUCUGAGCAUUGUGAUGAAAUAUAAUGCAACAUAUGUUUAUUUUAACUUCAAAUCUUAUGUCUAAGGGGAAACCUCCUUAAAGACCAAUUUAAUCCAAUAAACAGAAAGUUUUUCAGCAUGUUCAUCUCAUUUGGAAACUCAUUGUGCUGCUCUUUUAGAGACAGACAAACCAAGACAGUCACAAAAGUCUGACACAAAUGUUGGUCAAUUCUGCUAAAGUUUCAGGGAUUUUAAAUAAAACUUGCCAAAAAAGGUAAAUAUUUCAUCCCUUAGGGCAGUGGUUCUCAAGUCCAGUCCUCGAGGCCCACUGUCCUGCAUGUUUUGGAUGUUUCCCUGCUCCAACACACCUGAUUCAAAUGAUCAGCUCGUUAUCAAGCUCUGUAAUGGCUUACUAACGAGCUGAUCAUUUGAAUCAGGUGUGUUGGAGCAGGGAAACAUCCAAAACAUGCAGGACAGUGGGCCUCGAGGACUGGACUUGAGAACCACUGCCUUAGGGGGUUGAUUUAUAUUUGCAAAAUUACAGAUACAAACUGAAACAGAAGAGCAUCUUAUUAUUGGUGUCUGUGUAAUGAUAGGAUGGUGUCACAGAAGCAAUCAAACUCCACGCUGCACUGAUUUAUGUAAAUCAGUCCUGCUUUCAUAUUCAUUAUGUGCACUGAAGUGCUUUCUGUGUCAUUUUCCACCAUCUGACCAUAAAGCUUCACCUCUGCUUUCAACAUCAGCUGCUGUGUUUUAUGGGAUGGAUUCUGCAGAUGUGUGUCAGGCCUUCAUUUCACCUCAGUUCCUCUGUUACUCCACAUUCAUCUCAAUCCUCACAUUCACCUUGUUUCAUCCACAAACACCUACUCAUUCAUUUCUUUCUCUCAUUAGAGGACAACUCCUUUGUGGCUCUGGACCAUAGUGGGAUUUUGGCGACAGAGUUUGUCAGCCUUUUGGAGGAGACGGAGUUCACAAUCCUCAUUACUGGCUACCCGGCCCCCAAAGUGAUGUGGCUGAAAGAUGGUAAACCCAUACCAGAGAACUACUAUAUCCUCGUCAAAACCAGCCACAUUGAAGGAAACCGGUAAGAAUAAAAAUGUGAUUUGUGAAGGUUUUCAGUUUCACUCCUGAAUAGAUGACCACUCUAAGCCUGCAAAGAAUUACAAUAACUGAGAUGAGAUGUAAUAAAAGCAUUUACCACCCUCUUGGGAGAUGAGCUUUUACCUUGGCAGUCUCAACUGGAAGAAUCAGGGCUUGACAACAGAGGAAAUGUGUCCAUCAAAUUUAAGACAACGCUGUUGAAAUAAACUUAACAGGGGUCUUUACAGAAACAGACAUACCAGCAGUAAGAGGGCUGAAAGGGUUCCCAUACAACUGUCCAGCAUGUCCAAACAUGAUGGCAUUUUUUUUCCAUUCCUGUCCAGAAAAUUUAACUCUGAUGUCUUUCACUGAAUUCAACAAGAGCUACAGCUAACCCCCAUUUUUUCAUUCUGAAGGCAAACAUAUGAGCAAGUCAUCAACAAAGCAGUGAAAUGAGACAUCAGGUUUCUGGGAAAAAAAGACCCUGGAGUAUUAUGUAUUGAGAAAAAAGGGUUGGGUUUAAAACAGACCCUUGAGGGACACCACAAGUAAGAGGGGCCGUUUGGAAUAGACAGAGAAACUUCUAGUUGUCAGGUAGGAUUAAAACCACCUGAGUAUUGCAGCCGUAACUCCAUACUAAGUUCCCAGCGGGGAAAAGAGGAUGUGUGAUCAAUGGUGUCAAAGGCACACACACACACACACACACACACACACACACACACACACACACACACACACACACACACACACACACACACACAUCAUUGAAACUCUUAAAAGUGCAGUUUUUGUGUUAUAAGGUGGUUCAUAGCUUCUUUUACAGUUAACUAAGCAUGUCUGCAGCUUUCACUUUCUCCAGGACUUCAGAUGAGAAAAACAAUUUUAAAGAAGUAUUUGUGACUUUUCUUCUCUCAGGUAUCAGAGUAUUCUGACAUUACGACAGCCACUGGUUAAAGAUGACGGGAAUUACACGAUCACAGCCAUCAGCGGCUCUCGCACUGCUCAGUUCUCCUUUAACCUCAGGGUGAAAGGUAAAACUCACAGAUGAAUGGAUGAAUAGAUGAAUGAAAAGUAAGGAUGGAUGUCAGAUGAAUGCAAGUAAAGUGUAGGGUGGAUAGAAGGAUGGCUAGUUGUAAGAUUGAUGGAUGGAUGGAUAGAUGUGUACAAUGAAUGAUUGGAUGAUAGAUGUUGAGUAGAUGGAUGGAUGGAUGGAUGAAUGGAUAGAUGGAUGGAUAGAUGGAUGGAUGAUGGGAAGAAUAAAUGCAUAACUUAAGGAUGGGUGGAUGGGUGGAUGGAUGGGUGUGGGAUCUAUGUAGGAUAGAUGAUCGAUGUAUGUUGGAUGGGUGGAUGUGUGUAGGAUGAUGGAUUGAUGGAAUAGAAGAGGUGGAUGAACGGAUGAUAGUAGCAUGGAUGGGUUCAUAAAUGGCUGAGUAUGGAUGGAUUAAUGGGGAAUGAAUGGAUGAGGUCUGGAUUAAUUCAUGAUGGAUUGAUGGAUGGAUGCAAGAAUGGGUGAAUGACUGUAUGAUGAAUGAAUGAAAUGACUGAAUGUAGGAUUGAUUUAUGGAUGGACAAAUAGAAAGAUAGACCAAAAAUUAUUGGAUGGAUUAAUGGAUGUAGGCUAAAUGGAGGGAUGGAUGGAUGGAUGGAGAAUACAUGGAUGGAUGGAUGGAUGGAUGGAUGGAGAAUACAUGGAUGGAUUGAUGAUGGAUUUGUAGAUCUAUUAUUUACCUCUGUCUAUGCUUCUCUUUCAGCCCCAACCUCAGUGAUGUUCCCUCCAUCCUCUGCCCCCGUCUUGUUGCCUCAAGUGGAGGAGCUGGUGGUGCCCCUCCACACCCCCUUCACCCUGACCUGUAGAGGGGAGGCUAAGCUGGCAUGGGAGACCCCACUGGAUGUCCCUGAGAAAACACAGGAGGACAACAGCGGCCUGUUCGUCACCACCAUCACUGUGGACAGUGCCACUGCAGAGCACACGGGCUACUACAUCUGCUUCUACAGCAGGAACGACACAGAUGACGGAGAGGACAGCAGCAUCUACAUCUACGUACCAGGUACAGGAGAAAAAGUAGCAUUAAGUCUUGUGUUUUUGUUUUUGACUUUAUAUUUUGGUCUAAGGGACUUAUUUUAACCCUUUUCAGACCCUGAUGUUCCCUUUGUGCCGUCACCUGUGCCUUUUGGAAACCACGUCCUCUCCGACCAUGAGGAGAUGGAGAUCCAGUGUCGAGUCUCUGAUCCCAGCGCUAACGUGACCCUGAUUAACGUUGACACCAUGGAGCCUGUGCCCAGUGUUUAUGACAGCAAGAGGGGCGCUCUGGGAGUGUUCACAGCUGGAACCUACGUCUGUAAGGCCCUCAUAAACGGAGAGAUUUACUACAGCGGGGAGUACAUCGUUCACGGCUGGACAGGUGUGUGCUCACGUGCAAAUCUGUGUGAGGAGCUGCUUGUACAGUUACUUUAAAAGACGGUGCUUAACCUGUGAACUCUGACACAUCAGCUUCAUGUUUUCCUUGGUGUUUCUCUCGGUAAAGACAGCACAGUUUGUUCAGUUUCAGGAACUACAUGUAGAAUGAACUUAGUACCCAAUGCACAAAGAAAUCACAUGUUUUCUUGCAUUAUGGCUGGUGAAAAUGGGAUCAGGAUCUGCAAAUGCAUGAAAGAAAAAACAGUUCAACAGGUAGUCAGCUUCACACAGAAGAAUAAAGCCAACACAACAGCAAAUACAGUCAAAAACACGAGGUUACAGAUGGUUUAAGUUUGUUCCAGGAGGGAAAUGUCAAAAUAUAAAACAAGGUUUUAGAUUUUGACUUUAUAUCAACAUAAUUUAUCAGCAUUUGAUUGCAAAACUGUAUGAAAUCAUCUGAUGCUCAUGUGAAAGGUCCUUGAGGGCCUUAAUGCGUGCUUGAGAGCUUCAUAAUCUGUUGUUUCUUAGGUGGUGCUGCGCUUCAUGUUGAGCUUACAGCCAAACGAACUGCCCUGCUUGUGGGGGACACACUCACUGUCACCUGUAUCGCUCGGGGGUCUGAGAUCCUUGAAGACCACUGGAAAUACCCUGGAAAACUGGUGAGGUGGCAAGUCGACUUGUGUGCUGAGAAUAUGGCCCAAAAUUCAAGAUGAGUUUCAGGGAAGUUUAAGCUUAAAAAUCCUUCUUGUUUGCAGGCUAAUCGUGCUGUCAAAACAGUGCAUGAGAACAAGAGGGACCAGGAGAUCCUUUACACGCUCACUAUCCCUCAGGCUUCAACCAAAGACAGCGGCAUCUACUCCUGCUCCAUUACAGAUAUCAUCAGCAAUGAGAGCCAGACCAAGCAGCUUGCUAUUCAAGUUUAUGGUAAGAAAGCUGUGGUUUGAUCUAAUCUCUUUAGUCCAUUUCUUCUUUUGUGGUGAUACAUGAUUGAUGAUAUUUCUCUUCUCUUCUACCAGCUGGUGAGUUCCUGUCCAUCCACCCAGAGUUUAAAGAGUAUGAGUCUGCAGAGCUGGACGAGGUUCGAGAGUUUAAGGCUCUGAUCAAGUCCUUCCCUAGUGCCCACAUCACCUGGCUUAAAGACGGUGUCCCGCUCAGCGACGUGACAGCAGAGAUCUCCACCAGCCGGCGGCAGCUUAGUGAGACCAGGUGAGUCUGCAGAGCUAAUGACAAACUAAAGGCCAACGCUGACCUGUUAUUACAGCUGUUAACUUCUGCGUCUGUUUGUGCAGCUACAUGAGCGUUCUCACCCUCAUCCGAGCCAAGGAGGAGGACACGGGGAACUACACCAUGCAAGUGGAGAACGGAGACCAAAGAAGCAGUGUCGGGUUGGUGCUGGAGGUCAAAGGUCAGUGAGAAGAAUGCUCCAGGUGCUUCAUUACCUUUAUUUCCCUGCAGCUUUACUAAUGGACCGUCUGUUUCUAACAUGUUUACACACUUUCCUUCACUGCGUCUCAGUGCCUGCAGUCAUUGUGGACCUGAUGGACAUCCACCACGGCUCCGCCUCAGGACAGUCUGUGGUGUGUAUAACCAGAGGACAUCCCACUCCUGUGGUGGAGUGGUUCGUCUGCAAGAAUAUCAAAAAGUGAGUCCACUCUGCCCAGCUGUUACUAUUCAUGUAAACUGCUCCUACUUUCAGCUUUGAUCAUAUCACAUCCUUUUACACAUGGUCCAAUAAUCAGUUUCUGAUGGUGUCAAGAGAUUGGCUGUUGCAGUCAGCAGUCCAGAAAUGCAAACAACAUUGUUUGACACUGCUCUUAGAAAAACGCAUGGAAACCCUUGCAACAAAUAUUUAAACCCAACACAGCUUGAGGCAGACGGCAGCACUCCGACAAGUCUGCUUCUGCUCGAGGUUUCUGCCUGUCAAGUUCUUCUUGCCGCACUGCUACACAGGGUCGAUGAAAUGUAUGGUCGCAUAUUAAGGGCUGUAUGAAAAAUGUCCUAGUGUGUUAUUUAAAUUAGCUAUGAGGCCAGAGACAUAAAAAACGAUAUACUGAUUGAUAACUGUCUUAGCAGGUGUCUGGUCUUCUUUGUCAGUCAGCGCCCCUGCACUUACUUGUGGCUGCUUUCUGUCCAUGUGUGUUUUGGCUUUGUGUCAUUUGUGUGUUUGCAGCACUUUUGCGGUUCAGGCUGUUAUUAUUUUGGCUUUGUAGCAAUUUUCGACCACUGCAUUUGCAAGUGGUUUAUUUGUGGUAUUUACCGCACGUUUCUACUAAUUAAGAUCAUGUCAGCUAUUGAAAAUUGUCCAGCCUUGUUGGCCAAUCGAGUCUUUUAUGGGGAAAAAAUUUUGAAAACUAAAAUAAUUGUUGCCACUUUGGUUAUAUGGGGUGAGUAGAAGCAAAAUGGAAACACUCUUAAAAAGGUGUUAUGUCAUGACAAAGCUAUCUUGCUUUUCCCAGGAGGACAGUUUUAUUAAUGAGACAAAUAUCUCUCAUCAUUAAUGAAUCAGAUUAAGUUUGCCUGUCUCUGAAAACACUUGGCCUUUUCAAGAUGAGGAUAAAAUCUGAGGAAAAUGCCCAUAUAUGGUCAAAGAUUUCUUGAACUUGCAGUAAACUUUGAUGAAAUGAAUAAGUGCCAUAUGUCUGUCUCUCUCUUUGUUCCCCUGUAGUUGUGCCAAUGACACGUCUUCCUGGGUGCCCCUCCCCGCAAACUCCACAGAGAUCACCAUGGACUCGCACAUGGACGAGGAUGAUAACCUGGAGAGUCAGGUCAUGUUUGGUCACCUGGAGAAUACGCUGGCUGUGCGCUGCCUGGCCAGGAAUGACAUGGCGGCCGUGAGCAGGGAGGUCAAACUGGUGUCCAACGGUAAGAAAACACACAGGUUUUGUCCAAGAGUGUUUCCUCUCCAACAUGAAGCUUUUCAGAUGCAAUCGAGUGUUGUCGUUUCACACAUAGACUCCUCUCAGGAUUCCUGACACUCAGAGUGUUGCAGGCUCUUAAAGCGACUGUAUGUUGUAUCUGUCAGUGUUGCAGCAGCUGUCAGAUGAUGCAUUUACAGUAGGACAGCUGUCAGGAGGAAGGAGCUCUUCUUCUGACAGCUAUUCAAGGAAGCGAGAGAUCUUUAGGACAUUUGGUUCUUCCAGAUGAGCUUCACACCCCCAUCCUCACCCACUCCCCUUACACCUUCCCCUCCCCCACCCCUACUGCUCACAUGUUAUCUUCCCAGCAUACCUUUUGGUUCCAGUAAUCUGGCCUCCCCAUGGAUUUGACUGUCUCUGGUCUCUCAGACAUUUCUUAUGCAACACAUGGAGCAUAUUUUACUUCCAGCAUGUCAUUAGUCAUGAAACAGACACACACAUGUUGAUCAUGUGAUCGUUGUGCUCUCAACUAACAUGUGCGACACUGGCUCUCCCCCCUGCACAGGCCCUCACCCUGAGCUGACUGUAGCUGCUGCUGUGCUGGUGCUGCUGGUCAUUGUCAUCAUCUCACUCAUUGUAUUGGUUGUUAUUUGGAAACAGGUACUGCUGCCAUCCUUCAUUCUCACAUUGUUCACACACUCAAUGCUUGUCUUUAUUUCUUGCAUAUUUGUGUAAGUGCAAAAUCAGCAAAUCGGCCUCUUAGAAUCACGCCUUGAGUUUGAUUGGGCUGAAACAUAAAGGUGCUUUUACAGGAAAAGUCAAGUUUUGGUUAUGUGCCUUUAAAUGCUACAAAAAAAACUUGCCCAGAUUUUUGUCCUGGAUCGAGUUACUUUGUAUAAUUUUGACCACACAUUAUCCAUGUGAUAUUAGCUUUCAUAUCAUGAAAUAGCCAUGAGCAUGACGGCUUUAUAGCCUUUCUAGAUAAAGGCCUCAUCAUUUCAAUUUUCAUAUCUUUGUGUUCUCAACUAGAGGCAAUUUCUCAAAAUUUCUCUGGUUGAGAACACUCAGGACUAUUUUUCCCCAAGUUAUUAUUAUUUUUUAUGAAAUGUAUUUAUUUUUCGAGAAAAACUGAAUUUAAUAUGCAUAAUAUUAAUAGUUUACUAGAACAAAGGAGCAAAAAUCUUUGUGAAAUCUAAUGUUUAAAUGCAUGAUUUCAUUGAUGGAUGACUUUUUUUUUUUAUGUUACAACUUUUAUUGUGUUUACAUUUUUUUUACAAGACCAAACUAAAAAAUAAAAAAAGACAAAAUCAAGAUAGAGUCUUAUGACAAUAAGACAUUGAAGUAAAAACAAUGAAAUAAAAAUAAGUACAUGAGUCCAAGACAAGUAAAAUUAGUCCACGCUAAAUAUUUUAAAUAAUCUUACCUAAAUGCAACCACCACACAUGUAUUGCAUUGUCCCAUGUGAACUUCGAUGGAUGACUUUUAUUGAUUUCUGGUAAUGUGAAUGUAAGGAAGAGGCUUGUUGUGCAGCAAUCUCAAAGCAGCAUCUCAAAAGAACUUGUUACAGCUGUAAAUACAUCAUUUAUAUACAUUAUAUUUAUGAUUCUAGCAGUAAUUUAUGGUAUGCAGAAGAAGCUAGAUCAGCACAGUAAUUGUAAAUAAGUUUCAUGCAGAAAAAACAAAAACCUCUCUUUUACUGUUUUCACCCAUGCAAAGAUGGCUAUUCUGAAUGGUCAUAAGCUUGGUGACAUGCAUUAACUGAAUUUCAUCUUGCUGUCUCAAAAUGAUUGUGCACUUACCCUUCAGGGCCACCAUACAUGUCUCUUCAUAUUUACUGUUUUUUUAAUAAAGCAAAACUCCACAGAGAUGUAACUAAAACGUUUCGGUGGCUAAGAGAAACUUGCUCUGCAAAGUAACUCUAAACCAGAAGUCCACCGACAACUCCCUUAAUUGUCACUCAUGUGUUUUCAUCACCCAGAAACCCCGUUACGAGAUCCGCUGGAGGGUCAUAGAGUCUGUGAGUCCAGACGGUCAUGAGUACAUCUAUGUGGACCCCAUGCAGCUUCCCUAUGACUCCAGAUGGGAGUUUCCUCGUGACAGACUGGUCCUCGGUGAGCUGACCGUAAUAAUGAACGAGAUAAAGCUGUAUACUCUUGUGUCUGCGCUGCCUCCCUGCAGAGAUCUUCUGCUCAGGAUGUCUCACUCUGUCUUUGAAGUGAGGCUGCUUUGAGAUAAUCUGGUGCUGGAGUUUGGUUUGACUCAGUGAUCAAGGGGAUGAUCAGCCUCUGAGGGAGUCACAGAUGAGAAAGCAAAGGCCUGCAGAGUGCGUGGAUGUGUUUGUGUUUCUUUGUGUUGAUAAUUGAUCGUCUGACUCUCUGUCUGUCUGUCUCAGGUCGUAUUCUUGGCUCUGGGGCCUUUGGAAAGGUGGUGGAGGGCACUGCUUACGGACUGAGCCGCUCUCAGCCUGUCAUGAAGGUGGCAGUGAAGAUGCUGAAACGUGAGUUUGACUGAGUACAAUCAAAUUAUUUCAGACUAUUACAGGACAUUUAGGUAUAAACUUUGGACCUCUGACAGAAAUAAAGACAGUGAAGUUUUACCGGGAACUACAAAGAUGCUUUGAGACACGACAGAGUCAGAUGAAGCAUGUUUUGGUUGGGUGCACGGUUUAUCGGUACGUCUGAUAGUUUGAUAUUCACAGGUUUUUUUGUACUGCCUUGCAGCCACAGCUCGCUCAAGUGAGAAACAGGCCCUGAUGUCAGAACUGAAGAUCAUGACUCAUCUUGGACCACAUCUCAACAUCGUCAACCUCUUGGGAGCGUGCACCAAGUCAGGUCAGUGUUAAACACACACAAGAAAACACUCUGAGUCUGUCAUAAGUUCAGUUCAAUCAUCGGUGCCUCUCUCUUGCUUGUAGACACCACUUUCCCUAAAAAUAAGAAUAAAAAAAACAGCCACAAUAAUGUUUUCCUGCCAAACACACUCACUCAGAUUGGCAGUGGUGCACAUUUUCAUCGCUAACAGUCAGAAAAAGAUCCACAGCCCUGUCUCUGCUCAUGGUGGGUGUGGUAUUUUAACAGGCCUUUUAUGGCAAAGCGCAGACUUGCCCUCUUGGCUGUGCUUUUAGCCUUUACGAGCCCUCUGAUAAGAUUAGCCUGCAGACUGACGCCGAUGCACAACUUUAUCUGCUGUGUUUCUUCUCAGGCCCCAUCUACAUAAUCACAGAGUACUGCUUCUACGGGGACCUGGUCAACUAUCUGCACAAGAACCGAGAGAACUUCCUCAGCCUGAACCCGGAGAAGAGUAAAAAAGAGCUGGAUAUCUUUGGGAUCAACCCCGCAGACGAGAGCAGCAGGAGGUACAAUGCGUUUCUGAGAUUUUUCACGUUUUUUUCUUGCAUUUCAGUCACUUAAAUACAAAGGAGCAUCUCCCAGAUUUCCCUCCUGCCACUCCCAGAUCAAACAGCCGGGAUCACUGCAAUAACAAAACAAUUUGUGCAGUUGUCUCACAUUCCCCUCCCUCCCUAAUCAGUAACUCUAUCACCAUUUUCUCCCUGGCUGAGGAGAUUGUCUGGCAUCUUCACCAAAUCAGAUCUCCCUCUGAAGUGGUCUCAGCUUUCAGUUUAAUUUCAUUCUCUGUGAGCUACCUGUUAAUUCUGUCCGCUCAGACGUUCAUGCUGAAACAGCAACCCUCUCUCUCCCUCUGAGGCUGCUCCGUGGUGAGGGAUGACUCACAGCGACCACACCUCGCACUGACCAUAACAUGAUUUAAUCCUGGCGACCAUGUUAGUCUUGACCACAUCUUCCUCAAAAACAGCCACAGGGAGGGAGAGGAUGCAGUACCAGGGCUACCAGGGCUGUUGUCUGGGACUGUUUUUCAGUUUUGCCGUCUAAAAUCAUCAUUCAAGCUGAACUUAUUUCACUGAGGCACCCUGGCAUUUCCUAGAUAUUUGAAUUAGAUUUUUGAAGCUAUUGUUUUGUGGACUUGUGCACACAAAAAGGUAGCUUUCUUCAUAUUUGGAUUCAUAUUUUGAGCACCCAAAUAAAACAACAACAUCGUCACACCUUUUUGCUUUGAUACUGAUCUCAAACUUUGCAUUCACACACACACAUGCAGUGCUGUUCUGCCCUGAUCACUCUGCCAGCUCACUUUAAAUCUGUCCAAACUCUGUAAUGUCUCUAUUACUACCUCUGAUACAUUAUACCUUUCAGAUGUUUAUACACCUGACGAGACAUAUCAGGGGCCUAUUUAUUGGCCUUUAACUGGGAACAUGAAACAGGCUCCAAAGUGCCUCUGUGUUUUUAUACACACUUUGGCUCUCUAGGAUUUUUUUUUUUUUUUCCUCUGGGGUUGCAAAACUAAAAUCAUGUCACAUUUGCAGCAAUAUAAUCAUCAUAGUGGUAAAGUUUUAUAAGCUAUGAUUUCCGCAUUGAGGAAAAUGAAUGAAUUUUUGUUUUACAAAGUAAAAUAAAUGUUCAACUUCUUGAGUUUCAGCUCACUCCUAAAGGCUUUGAUAAUAGAUUUUCACAUGCAUUUAACAUCUUUUUUCAAGACAUCAACAAUUUUAUUGCAUAAAAAGAUACCACAAAUUGUUUACAAAAGAUUUGAUAUUGAUUUUUAAAAUAAAAGCAUAAAUUGACUAAAUAAGAUAUGAGCAUAUUGUGUCUUUGCUUCAACACCUGUCUUUGUCUGUCUUGUUUCUGCAGUUAUGUGAUCCUGUCCUUUGAGAGCAAAGGGGACUACAUGGACAUGAAGCAGGCUGACAACACUCAGUAUGUCCCCAUGCUGGAGAUGAGCAAUGCCUCAAAGUACUCAGACAUCCAGAGGUCCGACUACGAUCACCCCCCCUCUCAGAAAGGUACGAGUGGUGCACACACUCACACAGUUCACUGUCUCUCCGAGUUAGUUAUUGGUGUGUGUUUGCCUGCUUUAAUGCUGUCUUUGAGUCAGUGUUGGUGGGGUCCACCCUCGUCAGAGUCCAGGGCUGGUACAACCCUGUCAUUACAUGGAGAGGAUAAUUGCAGCACACACAUUUUAAUGCCCGGUUUCUCCCUGCCAUUAGUAAAAGCCAGGUUUGAGCAGCCAAUGCUAUAUUUACAUGAUCAACGUGUCCUCAUGUGUAUAUUUUCUGUGUUUUUUAAAACCAGAGGGUGAGAUGGAUGACCUGCUGUCAGACGACAUGAAUGAGGGCCUGUCCACCACUGACCUGCUUAGUUUUACUUACCAGGUGGCCAAAGGGAUGGAGUUUCUGGCAUCCAAAAAUGUGAGUUUUCUUGACCUAUGUGUUUAAUUCAUUCCACUACUGCUUUGCUGGGACUUAACAGGGCCAGUAAGCAGAGCUGUGAUGUACCCCAUUGGUGAAAUGUAUCCAUUCAAUAGUAUCCAAUCAUCUAAAGGACUAUUUUUCUCUAGACUUCUGUGACAUUUCUUACAGCACAGUGUUCAUUCAGGCAGGCUGCAAAGUCAGCUCAGCUCACAGUACCUCAGCUGAUCUUAAUGCCAGCCUUACCAGCUGACAUCCCAACCAAUUCUCUUGCACCCAAAUGGCCACACCAUUAGCCUGCAGCCUCUUCCUCCCAGAAAUUGCUGUGUAACCCACCUCCAUCCUAGCUCUCCAUCUUUAAGCUGGUCUGAUUUUAUCAAUGUCAUAGAUAUAUUGUCACUGAUGUCUGCUCUGUCCCCUGGGGGUCUUUGCUGCUGCUUUUCCUGCUUUGGCUUUUCAUGCAUGCACUCCCCACCUGGUAUUCCACAUGCACUCCUGUAAAGACAGGACACUCUCAACCAUACCACCAAUUUUAACAUACUGCAUACAAAAACAACCUUCUUUUUUAAAUGUGUCCUGACUGAACCGGUAAAAUAUGCAUUUUCAUUCCACGAGAUAACUUCUCAGAAUCCGACAGAAAAUUGCUCGUAGGAUGUUUUCUUUGGUGAACAAAUUACAAAGUUUACCCAGCUCCGUAUGAAGUACUGUUUGGGUUUCACAACCACACAGGUCCUGCUUCCCACACUGGCCCCAGAACUCGCAGGGUUUCCUGUGUAGAAACAGUGGUGCAGCCUAAAGUGAAGUACUGAAAUCAGCAGUUUUGUGAUAAGCAGUGCUGUGAAGGCUGCUGAGCCCACUCAGGAGACGGGCCAGCGGCUGAAUAUAGGAGCAGCAACGCCAAGGCUAGAAUUAACAGGCAGGGACGCUCUGCAGCCAGAGGCUUCAUAGUUAUUAUCCCUAAAUAUCCAGUGGUCACAGCCAUCCCUCCAACUGGCAUGUUUACACAAAGACCAACGCUUUAUAAAGUAAAAUAAAACGGCAUUAAAAUGAAGUUGGCUGAGAUAAAUACAAGCAGAAAUAGAUGCAGGAUCUGAAGCCAUGGGAGUGAAAUGUGUUGGUUUGGACUGAAUAUUGAAAAAAGCUUAAUGCACUGAGCCUCUGCUAUACUUUACUCGCUCUGUCUUUGCAGUGUGUGCAUCGGGACCUUGCUGCCAGGAACGUCCUUCUCUCUCAAGGGAAAAUCGUGAAGAUCUGUGACUUUGGACUGGCUCGGGACAUCAUGCACGACAACAACUACGUCUCCAAAGGAAGCGUAAGUCUCCAUUUUAGUGAGAAUCACAGCUUCUAUUUUUUCCCACGAUAGUUUGGCAAGUAAAACAUCACUGUUCCUGCCCUGUGUCUCACAGACUUUCCUGCCAGUGAAGUGGAUGGCGCCUGAGAGUAUUUUUGACAACCUGUACACCUCUCUCAGUGAUGUUUGGUCCUAUGGUAUCCUGCUGUGGGAGAUAUUCUCUUUAGGUGAGCACCUGCAAACACCUAUCAUAGAAAUUCUCAAUUGUAGAUGGUGAUAAAAAAAAAAAAAGAAAAACUCAUGAGAAUCCAUUUUGGUAUGCAGGUGGGACCCCGUACCCUGGGAUGGUUGUUGAUUCAAGCUUCUACAACAAAAUCAAGAGUGGAUACAGGAUGUCCAAACCAGAGCAUGCUCCUGAAGACGUGUACGUGAUCAGUCUCAUGAUGCUUUUUGAGUGUUUAUCUAAGUAAUGUGAUUUGUAAACUCAGAACAGUUUGACUCCAGUAUUAGUCACAGUGGCAUUGCAAGCAGAAACUCCACAGUUCUGGCACAGUCCUCUGUGUUGAUGGCUGCUUUUUUAAAAAUUUUUUAGGUAUGAGAUGAUGAUGAAGUGCUGGAACAGCGAACCAGAGAAGAGGCCAUCCUUCUUGGGUCUGAGCGAUACUGUAGCUUCUCUGCUUCCCUCCAGCUACAGAAGGGUGAGUCUAACAUUACAUUCACAAUCUAUUUGAUAUUUUACACCUGCUUUUUUUUUUAUUCCCAAAGUCUCAUUUUCACUUGGACCACCUGUAUUGUGACAAACAACUGUCCAGCUCUGUACCUUUGCAAAAUUCUGCAGGACAAAGCAAAUCUUAGAAACAACAAACACCCUUUAAAAAAGAAAAAAAAAUGCAAAUUGAACCAUAGAAGCCUCCGAGCAGAGACUUUACUGGUUGAAAAAAAAUUUAAACUGAUACCGAUGUCUCUUCAUGGCCCACAAAAGCAAAUGAGACCAUUAGCUACAAGACUAGCAGCUUGUGUUUUGAUGCUUAAUGUCUGAAACCACUGCAAGAUGGAAGAUAUCAAACCAGAUGAUUAGAAGCACACUAAAGAAACAGCUCUUGAUUUUGAGACUGAAAAUUUGCACAGUGAUUGAUGCAUUUGGCUAUAAAGAGGCAGCAAAGGGAGUUUUUCUAGCAGAAAACACUACUGUCACAUCAUGUGCGAUAUCCGCAAUGAGGUCAGUGAUCUUUGCAUGUCCACAGGGGGCGCCAAAGUAACAAAAAAAAGCCAAAAGUUCAUUGCAGGAGCAUCAACCAUGCUUGAAAAGACAGAGCGCAUAAUAAAAUAGACGAAGAAAAAAUUUUUCAAACGAGACAAAAAAUGCUGCUGCAGAUGUAUCAGCAUGUCAGACGCCAUGUUUUGCAGGAAAAUAAGUAUGUGGGGUUUGAUACCUGAUAUCACAAGCCUGAAUUAGCCAGGGAAUAUGAAUCAGGUAUGAUCGAGCAUGAAGUGAAAAAGAUUUUGCUUUUGUGGCGUUGCCUUACAUCAGUUGGACUUAUUAAAAUACAAGUUUAGAUCAGUCUUGAGCAUCUUUGUACAAAGUGGCCAUUUUCUUGUACUCAAUGAAUGCUAAUUGGUUUUCAGAGGACAGUAAAUGUCCUCUCUUAUACUUUAUCCUGCACUUUUUGCUACUGAAAAUACAGGUUGAAGUAAUUGUGAUGCACUUUUAAAGUAGCAAACUGGUCAUUUAAGCCUCCUCCACUUCCUCUGAGAGUGCAUUAAGGAGUGUGUCUGAGGGCUUUCUGUAAAACUCAGUCCAGUGGUGAUUAGAGUGCAGCAGCAGCAGCUGGCUGUCAGCACGGCCGGCCUCAGUCUGGGUAAUGACGCAGCCCGAGUUCUCGCCUCCACCGCCCCGACCUUAAUUACCCCAUUAAACCUCACAGCACACAUGGCACAUCAAAACAGCCUCACCUCGGCCCUCUUUACAGAGGUUUAGAGGCUGGGGGCAGAAGAGGAACCCACUCUUGUUUUAGCACCUCGGGUGUGUGUACGUGUGUGUGUGUGUGUGUGUGUGUGUGUGUUUGGUUUGUGUGCAUGUGUGAUUUUCAGUUUGGAUUGCACCGUCCAGCUGGCAACACAAACCAUGAUCACAGUCACACCACAGUCCUGCAGCUGUGUGUGCAAACACUGAAACUAUGCCUGUCAUCAUCUGUGAGGCAAACACAAACACUGUUCCUGUAAUAUUUCAACUAUCUAAUAUGUCUGUGUGCCUGCAGCAUUAUGAGAGGGUGAACCAUGAGUUCCUGAAGAGUGACCACCCCGCUGUGACCCGGGUCUGCAUGGAGAAUGAUGACGCUUACAUUGGCAUCAGCUACAAGAACCAGGGGAAGCUGAAAGACAGAGAGAGCGGCUUCGACGAGCAGCGCCUGAGCUCUGACAGUGGCUACAUCAUCCCCCUCCCAGACCUGGACCCCAUAUCUGAUGAAGAGUAUGGCAAGAGGAACAGACACGGGUAUGUACUGAUCAGAAAAAGCCUCCAAAACCAGCAUAAGACGUUAGGAUGGGUAUAUGAGAGUAUAUCAGUCUUCUACUAUUUUAUUAUUGCGAUGUUUUGGCUCUUUUAACUGGAAAUCACUACACUGGUAAAGCUGGUGGCAUAUUAUUAAUGUCAUCACACCAGCUCAGGAUGACUUUUCCUGUAUGAGCUGAAAAAGUCAGAGUAAACAAAGGCUUAUAAAUUCUGGGAAAUUUUCAGUAAGUUACAGCAUGCCUGAAAAUAUUGUUUGCAUUGCAUUCUGGUUCAUGUAUCCACUGCCAGCACUCAGUUUGUUGUUUAUACAGAAAUGCAGGCUUUGAGAAAAGAAGCACCAGAGUAAUCCUAUAAACUAUCAGCAACCAUCUAAUAACUAACUAACUAAUUAACUUUUUAUGAAUGUGUCCAAACAGACACCUACAUACAGGUGCAGCUAACGCUCAUAUCACAGACAUUUACUGUGUUCAAUAAUGCACAGUAUUUAGGGUUGGGCUGCAUGUUUGGAUGCAAACAGCUAAAAAAUAUUAACUUUAAAUUAGCCAGCACUUUAUCAACCAGUGCAAACCCAGACAAGUGAUACAUGACAGGGUGAAUCAAAACAUCCAAGGCUAAAGACGUCAAAUUAGUCUCAAGAUUAUUCUCAAGAUGAGGACAGCAAAGAUGUCUUCACAUCUGUCUGUUGUAGGAUUCGUUAAAUGCAUAUAUGUAUAAAAGUAAUGAGAUGUCCUGCUACCACUGACCCACCGUCCUCCUGCCAAACAACCACAUAUUUGGGAGAGAGGGUUAAACAUCAGAGUUGACAUGAAAUUUUAGUUUCUUGAGUUGGAAGAAAAACAUUAAGAAUACAUAUGGCUUUUGAUUCAUAACUAUUAUUGUAGGCUUGUUUUAGGGGUUCCUGGUCAGAGUUCACACAAUAAAAACACAGGGAGAAAGUGCUGGCUAUAGCUGUAGCUCCAAAAUCCUGAAAGGCUAUAAGGUGCAUUGUUGGAUUCAUUGAAUUUUGUUUACAUAUCAUUAACACUAAGUGCAUAACCUUCAUGGACAGUUGCUAUGGUCCAAUAAUUUACUUUAUCCCUACAGUCAUUUUAGAAUAUCUUGCUCCUUUCACAGCUUGGUCUCUACCUUUUAUUCCUGCAGGCUUUGGGUCUAAAUCAGCUGCAUAAAGGUUCCUCUUGAAAAGCACGAUUCACUUUUUUCAUAAUUACCUCACCAGAAAAAAUCAGGGAUAAUUGAAGGUAAUUCAGCAAAAAGUAAACCCCUUAAGCCAUCAAAGAUAGGACAGAAAAAGAAUCUCACCAUCAAUUCAACCUUACGCACAUGACAAAUGAACUCUCUCCUCCUCAGGAGAAGUGUGAAAGCAGGUGGUCUUCAGAGAUAAGGCGAGUGUUGUGGUUGUGGUACAGUGUUCCUUUAUUGAAAAACUGAUGGGUUUUGAGGUUGAGCAGCCAAUAAGGUCGACUUGAUGAGAUUCAGAGUGGCUCAAAGUUAUUAGUAACAUCAGAAUUAUUCAUAUUUUACUAACCUCUGUUUUUCUUGUCCUCUGCAGCUCUCAGACAUCCGAGGAGAGCGCCAUCGAGACAGGCUCCAGCAGCUCUACUUUUGCAAAGCGAGAGGGUGAGACUCUGGAGGACAUCACGCUGCUGGACGAGAUGUGUCUGGACUGUAGUGACUUGGUGGAGGACAGCUUUCUGUGA